CCGGCGCCGCGGCGGGAAAAUCCGACUGGACCUUUCCGGCCGCCGCCUCUUUCCGUCCUUGCGCGCCUCCCAGGACCCGCCUGCUGUGAUGAUGGAGGAGAAGGAGGGGGCUGAGGAGCAACAGCGAUUCUCUUACCGACAGAGGCUAAAGGCAGCAGUUCACUACACCGUUGGCUGUCUUUGCGAGGAAGUUGCAUCGGACAAAGAAGUGCAGUUCAGCAAACAAACCAUUGCGGCGAUUUCGGAGGUGACCUUCCGACAGUGCGAAAAUUUUGCCAGAGACCUUGAAAUGUUUGCAAGACAUGCGAAAAGAAGCACAAUUAACACUGAAGAUGUGAAGCUCUUAGCCAGGAGGAGUAAUUCACUGAACACGAUGUCAGAGACAGGUCACAGGCUACAGUGUGUGAGGAUGGCUUCAUUAUGGCACCCACAGUUCUGACGGGCCAGGUGUGGAAGGAGUAUCUGUACAGCUGAGAUGUGCAGGAAGCUGAGCAUGUUUUCUAUCUUCUAGAAGUCAUCUCGACCAAGUCCUCGCUUCACAGGUGAUGCUGUGGUCAUCUUGGCUAGUGGCUGUGGCCGAUGGCAAGUCUAGGGCCCCUGUGAGGUUCUCGACUUAGUCUAAUCCUCGCAGUUAAGAUACCCUGCGUUCCUCCCCGGAACGUGGUCUCCACAAGGGCAGGGGUUUGUGUCUCUUUCUUCUCUGCUCCGUGUGCCGUGCCUAGAACAAGGCCUGGCCCAUAGUGGGUGCGAAGUCGUUGUUGAAUGGAUCAGUUUGUAUAGCACUUGAGAGUUUACAGGGGACUUCUACAGGUAGGUAAUAUUUUACAUGUAUUAUUUAAAGCUCACAACCACCUUAUGAGGGUUUUUAUAUAACACGACUAAUUAGCCCCAUUUUGCAGGCUAGGCCACUGGAGUUAAGUAGCUUCCCAAAGUUAGAUGUGGAGUUUUCUGGCUGACAGCUGAACCUCAGCCUUCUAACCCUGAAUCUAGUGCUGUUUGCUCUGGGCUCUUUUCUGUCUCUGUUCUUCAAGUAGCCUUCCUCCAGAGUUUAAGUCAAGGAUAAACAUGAUACAAUCCCUAAGUAAAAUCGCUCAGGUGCCUGGUGGUGCUGGGUGUCAGUGGAAAAGACAUUUCUCUCUCCACAUAAAUUGUCGUAACUGUUACUUGGUCAGUUUCAGUGAGCAGUUUCUGUCUUUUGCCAAGAAAUCGUCAAUACAGUUUCAUCUUGGAAUAUUAAUUAGGAAGCUGUCUGCUUAUUGCAUAUUUGUCUACCUCAGAAUAUUGUUUUUAUUUUGGACUUUUAAUUUUUCUUUUCAUCCGACAGAAGCAUAUUACUGAAGGAUCGUAGCUACUCUUGUGUGUUUGACCAAAUCUUCUCUGAGGGCAGGGACCUUGUCUUAUUUCCCUUGUAUCCCUGGUAUCUGGUACAUAGUAGUUGCUCAGUAAUUUUAGCUGGAUAAAUUUAGGGGGAUGUUGACUGUAUUUGUGCUUUGUAGAAUAUACUUGUGAUUGACGUGCCUUCAGUAAGCUCCAAGUUUUAACUCUUUUGAUUACUCGAGGAACUCCUGCUUGUUUGGUAGGAUAUGUGAGUUGCAGUGAAUUGACUUUUGUAGUUGAUUCUUCCAGAAAAAAUUUGGAGCUCUAUUUAUCUCUAAGGAAUGUAACCCAGGGUGGGAGUGCUUGAGAAAGGGUGUAUAUUUUUUUUCCUUAGGUUUGUAAAUGACUUUACAACUAGAGAAAAAUGUAAU